AUGAAUAGUGCAUCGUAUUUUUCAACAACAAACAGUCAACCCUUUGUGGGUUACGGUCGAGGACUUAGUUUAUUAUCAUCAUCAUCAAGUCAAUAUAUGAGAGUUUCAAGCCUAUUUCUUGAUCUUACCUAUAGAAGUUUUACAAUCGAAGCAUGGAUUUUUUCAACAACAGUGUAUUCUGGUGAUUAUGGUAUAUUUAGUCAAUGUCAAUGUACGACAUGUUCUAAUCAAUGUUUAUAUUUUCUUGUUCGAGGAGGUUAUUUAUUUGCUGGUUUUACACACAAUGAUAUAAGUGGUUCACAAAAUCUAAUCAAUAAUCUUUGUGCUUAUCAAGAAAUUAAUGAAACAAUUGAUAUUGGUUCAACACUUGUUCUUUUAAUAAGAAAUUAUUUUAAUGGUUAUAUUGAUAAUGUAAAAAUAACUACACGUGCAAAAACUUCUGAUGAAAUUCUUACUGCUGCCACAUUAGCUGGUUACUUUUCAUUUGAUAUGCCUUCUCCAUAUAAUGAUAAUGGUCCAAAUAGUGUUAAUGGAACACAAAACACAAUCUAUCGAUGUCACAAUCUAAUUGGUAUUUUUUCAAAUUACGGUACAACAGGGCAAAUCAUUAUUCAAGGAUGGUCUUCAUCUUGGAUAAUUCUAGUCGGUCCAUAUCUUACUACAAAUACUUGGACACAUAUUUCAGUGACAUACAGUUACACAAAUGGACUUUCGUUAUAUGUAAAUGGAGGCUAUUUUGGUCAAACUGAUAGUUUUACAUUUACUAAUUCUGGUUAUAUAACAUAUUUACAAUUGGGAUUUAUGUAUACUUGCUCAUCAAGUAGUAGUGUUUCAAAUAGUGCUUACCAAGGGUCGGUGGAUGAAGUAUAUGUGCAUAGUCGUGAACUUACACAAGCUGAGGUUACGACACUUGCUAGUUCAUAA